CCGGUUUCCACGCAGGCAGUUAAGUCGAAAAGUAGCCCAUUGGAAAACAAACAACGAAAAUGCCUGUAUCCAGUGCUGUGUCAUCUGUGCUGUCCCUCACACUGGGCCUAGGACUUUUUGCAGGCAUGCAGAUGUUCAAACAGCAGUUAGCAGCAACAGAGUACAUGACAGUAAUCGGAGGAUUCAUGGGAAGCUGGUUCUUUGUUUUCCUGUUAACUGGUGUUAGUAAUCUGGAAUCAACACUUUUUGGACAGGGAUUUCAAGCAAAGCUAUUUCCAGAAGUGGGAUUCUGUUUAGUGGUGGCCAUGUUUGCCUCAGGUCUGGUCCAUAGAGUUUGUGUAACAACAUGUUUCAUCUUCUCUAUUGUGGCAUUAUACUACCUCAACAAGAUUGCCCAGGCACGAUUUGCUCCAGCACCAACACCAGUAAAGGCCACUCCAGCAAAGAAAAAGAAAUAGAUGCACAUAAUCUCAUUGUUUAAUCUUCAUUACAUUAUAAUUUUAGCAAAAAAUAAUAAAUGUAUUAUAAAAUUAAA